AGCCUCUGCCUCACUCACCCAGUCGCAAUCAUGGCGCCCGGCGCCCCGCCCGUGUCGAAAUGUCCGCUCCGGACUGUCAAGGAGAUCCAGUUUGGUCUCUUCUCGCCCGAGGAGAUUAAGGCUAUGAGUGUGGUGCACAUCAUCUACCCCGAGACUAUGGACGAGGAGAAGCAACUGCCUCGCGCACAGGGCCUCAAUGACACCAAGCUGGGCACGAUCGAUCGCAUGUUCCAGUGUUCCACUUGCAAGGAGGAUAUAAACACCUGCCCUGGUCACUUUGGACACAUCGAAUUGUCCGUUCCCGUUUUCCAUGUCGGCUUUGUCACGAAGAUCAAGAAGAUUCUUGAGACAGUGUGCCACAACUGUGGCUUAAUCUUGGCUGAUUUUAACCAUCCGGACUGGAAGGCAGCUAUCCGAUUCAAGGAUCCUAAAAAGCGAUUUGACGCGAUAUGGCGCCUGUCAAAGACGAAAAAGGACUGUGUCAACGAUCCACCCGAGGAUGAUCCCAAGAAGGCAACCAAGAUUCCCCAUGGUGGCUGUGGUAACAGGCAACCAGACAGCAUCAAAAAGGAAGGUCUGAAGCUCACGGCCGUCUACAAGCCGCGAAAGGACGACGACGAAGGCAAAGGCGAUGAGAAGAGGACCCUUAGCCCGCAGGAUGCAUUGAAUGUCUUCCGCAUUCUGAAAGAAGACACCAUUGCGCUCCUUGGUCUCAACGCCGAUUACGCUCGCCCUGAAUGGAUGGUCCUUACCGUGCUUCCAGUUCCCCCACCGCCAGUUCGCCCCAGUAUUUCCGUCGAUGGAACCGGUCAAGGCAUGCGUGGAGAGGAUGAUUUGACGUACAAGCUCGGCGACAUCAUCCGCGCCAAUGGUCGUGUGCAGGAGUGUCAACGCGACGGCUCCCCAGCUCACAUUUUGAACGAGUUUGAGACGUUGUUGCAGUACCACGUGGCUACGUACAUGGACAACGAUGCGAACGGUGUGCCCCCAGCCCAGCAAAAGUCGGGACGUCCUCUCAAGACGAUUCGUGGUCGUUUAAAGGGCAAGGAGGGACGUCUUCGAGGCAAUCUGAUGGGCAAGCGUGUCGACUUUUCUGCGCGUACUGUCAUUACGGGCGACCCCAAUCUGUCACUGGAUCAAGUCGGUGUUCCCCGCUCCAUUGCUCGAACCCUUACAUACCCGGAAGUGGUUACCAAGUUCAAUAUCAGUAAACUGACCAACCUGGUUCGCAACGGCCCUAAUCAACAUCCUGGCGCCAACUUCGUCAUCAAGUCGGAUGGUGUACGUCUUGAUCUCAAGCACAACAAGAAUCUUGCCGACCUGCGGUUGCAAUAUGGUUGGAAGGUUGAGCGACACAUCAAUGACGACGACGUCAUUAUCUUCAAUCGGCAACCUUCCCUGCACAAGGAAUCCAUGAUGGGACAUCGCAUCAAAGUCAUGCCUUAUUCGACAUUCCGUCUGAACUUGUCUGUCACAUCACCCUACAACGCUGAUUUCGACGGUGAUGAAAUGAAUCUACACGUUCCUCAGAGCGACGAGACCCGCGCAGAGGUCAAGAACCUGUGCAUGGUUCCCCUGCAGAUCGUAUCGCCGCAGGGUAACAAGCCUCUGAUGGGUAUCGUGCAAGACACGCUCUGCGGAAUUCACAAGAUGUGCCAUAUGGAUGUUUUCAUGACACGGGAACAGAUGAUGCCAAUCCUGUUAUGGGUACCUGGUUGGGAUGGUGUAAUUCCACCACCCGCCAUUCUCAAGCCGCGCCCCCGCUGGACUGGUAAACAGAUCAUCAGCUUGGCCCUCAAAGAAGGUAUCAAUCUUAUGCGGCCCGAUGACUCAGCUCAGGAUCCUUACAAUGAUUACUCUGGCAGCUCUUUGGUGGUACAUGAUGGUGAAGUGGUGCACGGCCAGCUAGCAAAGAGUGCCGUUGGUGCUUCUGCUGGUGGUAUUGUCCACAUUGUCUACAACGAGCACGGGCCUGAAGAUACAGUCACCUUCUUCAAUGCUGCUCAGCGUAUCGUCAAUUAUUGGUUCCUUCACCACGGCUUCAGUAUCGGUGUUGGUGACGCUGUUCCUGACACGAAGACAGCCAACAAGAUUCUAGAUGCCAUCAGGGUUGCAAAGGCGUCUGUCGCCGAUCUCAUUGAUAGUGCCAACAAUGACGAGAUGGAGCCUAGUCCUGGUAUGAGCAUCCGUAAAACGUUCGAGAACAAGGCCAUGAAGGAGCUGAACGGAGGUCGUGAAACUGGUGGUACAGCCGCCAAGAACGGUCUCAAGCCAUUCAACAACGUCGUCGCGACUGUCAAAUCCGGAUCCAAGGGUUCCAAUGUCAACAUUGCUCAAAUGGUGUCACUGGUGGGACAGCAGGCCGUGGAAGGUGCACGUAUCCCAUUCGGUUUCAAGUACCGAACCCUGCCGCACUUUACCAAAGACGACUACUCUCCAGAGUCUCGAGGCUUUGUUGAGAACUCAUACUUGCGUGGCCUCACUCCUUCCGAGUUCUUCUUCCACGCUAUGGCUGGUAGAGAAGGUCUCAUUGAUACAGCUGUCAAGACUGCUGAGACUGGUUACAUCCAACGUCGUCUGGUCAAGGCCCUUGAAGACGUCAUGGUCAAGUACGACGGUACUGUUCGCAAUUCCUUGGGCGACAUUGUCGAAUUCGUUUACGGAGAAGACGGUCUUGCUGGUGAAAAGGUCGAGAAGCAGAAGAUUGACACAGUUUCCGUGUCAGUGAACAAGCUUGAGAAGCGUUUCAAGAUGGACGUCAUGGGCGACGUCCCACCCAUCGCACCCAGUCGCUUGGAAAUCGCUACAAGCAUUCAGGGUGAUAUCGAGGUGCAGAAGUUUUUGGCCGAGGAAUACGAGGCGAUUGAAGCUGACAGGAACUUCCUACGUGAAACCGCCACUGAAGACAACGCCAACUACUAUCUGCCACUCAACGUCCAACGCAUCAUUGAAGAUGCCAAGCGCCGUUUCAAGAUCAAGGCUGGCCAGCGCAGUGAUCUGCAACCGAUCGAGACUAUUCAGACUGUUCGCCAGCUGACGGACGACCUUAUCGUCAUUCGUGGAGAGGAUCCCUUGUCGCUCGAAGCACAGCACAGCGCUACUAUGCUUUUCAAAUGUUUGUUACGCUCCAGGUUGGCUUUCAAGCGCUUGGUUGUUGAGGAGUCUCUCAACAAGAAGGCAUUAGACUUCGUUGUGGGCCAGAUCAGGGAUCGAUUCUUGAGAGCUGCUGUUCCUCCAGGUGAGAUGGUUGGCGUGUUGGCUGCCCAGUCGAUUGGUGAACCCGCUACUCAGAUGACACUGAACACGUUCCAUUUCACUGGUAUCUCGUCCAAGAACGUCACUCUUGGUGUUCCCCGACUCAAGGAAAUUCUCAAUAUUGCCAAGGAUAUCAAGACACCAGGAAUGGUGAUCCAUCUCGAAAACCCAGAGGAGGCCACCAUGACAGCCGCAAAGGACUUGCGAAGCAGGAUUGAACAUACGACCCUUCGCUCUUUGACCCACUCUGUCGAACUCUACUUCGAUCCCGACAUCCAGUCUACUUUGAUCGAGGAAGAUGCUGACAUGGUGGAGUCGUACUUCAUCAUUCCCGAGGAGAACAUCGACACCUCGCAGCAAUCUAAAUGGCUGCUCCGCAUCAUUCUGGAGCGAAAACAGCUGCUCGACAAGAACAUCACAAUCACCGAGGUCGCAGCCAAGAUCAAGGCUGAAUUCGCUCCUAAUAUUGCCAUCAUUUUCAGCGAUGAGAACGCUGAAGAGCAGGUUCUGCGCGUGCGAUUCGUAUGGGAUCAUCACCUUAAGUCGGAAGAGGAUGAAGACGACGAGCGCGAUGAGCGAUGGAUGCGUAAGCUCGAGAAACAUUUGCUGGACGAUGUUUCGCUGCGUGGUAUCCGUGGCAUUGACCGAGCCUUCAUCCGAAAGGAUACUAGGCUCAUCACCCUCCCUGACGGUUCUCUCUUCUUGAACAAGAACGAUACACGAUGCGACGAAUGGCUUCUCGACACUAAUGGUAUCGCCAUGUCUGAUGUACUUGCCAUUGAGGGUGUCAACACGCGAAACACCUACUCAAACUCUUUCAUCGAGGUUCUCCAUGUCCUUGGUAUCGAAGCUGCGCGACAGUGUUUGCUUCGCGAGUUGCAUGCUGUGCUGUCUUUCGAUGGUUCCUACGUCAAUCACCGACACAUGGCUAUCCUCGUCGACAUCAUGUGUCAGCGCGGAACUCUCAUGGCCAUCACUCGUCACGGAAUCAACCGCAACGAUACUGGUGCGCUGAUGCGUUGUUCCUUCGAAGAGACGGUGGAAAUCUUGGUGGAGGCUGCUGGGCAUGGUGAGCUUGACGACUGCCGAGGUGUUUCGGAGAACAUCAUGCUUGGACAACUUGCACCCAUGGGCACUGGCGAAUUUGAAGUCAUCAUGGACAAUGCUAUGCUUCUCACCAUGGUCGAGGACAAUUCACAGAUGCGUCCCAACGCCGGUGCAGGCAACUACUACGAUAGCGGUGCAGCGACUCCCUAUGACCUCGGUUCGCCUACUUAUGAGGGCGGUCUCGGUGAAGCCGGCAUGGGCGACUUUUCGCCUCAGCAUAUUGCUGGCACAGACGAUGGCCGCGCCAGUGUCUGGGGCGCUGAUCCCUACGGCAGCGGCUCAUUCAGUCCAGGCGUCUAUGCCCAAAGCCCUGGCUUCAAUACAAUCCAGAGUCCUUUCAGUGGACAGAGCCCUGCCUCACCACAGUAUUCCCCCAGCUCACCAAACUACUCGCCAACCUCGCCUGCCAUCAGCAGUCCCCGUUUUGGCGGAGUCACAUCUCCAUCGUACAACAUUACGAGCCCACAGUAUUCGCCUACCUCGCCGCAAUACUCACCUACUUCGCCAGCGUACGGGUCUCCAACUUCUCCCUCGUACUCUCCCACAUCCCCGAGCUACUCGCCCACGUCUCCAUCCUAUUCCCCCACGUCGCCCAGCUACAGCCCUACAUCGCCUAUGCAUUCGGGUGCUCGUGGUGCAACUUCUCCACACUAUAGUCCUACCUCUCCUGCCUAUAGUCCUACAUCGCCCAUGUACAGCCCAACGAGCCCGCAGUUUGGCGCUGGUAAUGAUAGACGCUCCCCCGCCUCCCCUACGUCUCCAAGCUACAGCCCCACAAGCCCGGUGUACAGCCCUACCUCACCGGCGGGUAUGGCCUACUCGCCGACUUCGCCGAAGUUCUCACCCACCUCUCCGGGCUACUCGCCGACGUCACCCAAGUAUUCGCCGACAUCGCCGCAGUAUUCUCCAACAUCACCAAAAUAA